CUUACAGACAGUAUUGACCUACUAACACACAUCCCUCUGCGCGUCGCACAGGCGGCGGCAGGCGUUUCGGUCCUGCCCCGGCCUCGGCACAGGCCCCCGCCGCUGCCCAGCCCUGCUCAGCCCAACCCGGGGCCCUCCGCUCGCCCGCCCGCCGCUCCCACGAGCUAUGAAGGAAAUGAUUUGAAAGGUGUCAAAAAGCUUACGGUCUUCCCACGAGCAAUAUGAACUUACACGACCUCCUCUGAGCUUAUCUUAUCUUAAGGAGAAACAGUAUUAGCUGUGCUUGGGCAAAAAUAUGGAACACACAGACUUUGCUUUUACAGAUGGAAGAAUUAAUGUAUAGUCUACAAAAUAUAUUAAUCACUGUUUUGCCUGUUUAAGCCUUUACAUAGAAAGAAAUACUCCUUUAGCUCAUUUUAAAUUAAUUCUUUUAACAAAUGAUUAUGCAAACUACGUUUAUGCAAUCAGUUUCUUUUUCCAGGCAGCAAUCUCAUUGCCAUAUCUUUGAGAGUUGCAGUUAUAACAUCACUAUGAUGCAAUAACUUGAACAAUGUAAUCCUCUGUUUGAGGCUUAUUACACACUGUUAAGCAAUGUAUCUGACUCAUCAGCUUAAUUGAUUUUUCUAGGUGACCUUGCCAUGAACAUUACAGGCAGUUAUGAGAUAUAAAUGUGCCUAGGAUAUGUAAUAGAAAAAAAAUGCAAAUGUAUAGCCAAAUCCUGCAGUCCUUUCUCAGACAAAUAGCCAUUGCUUUUGAUGUUAGAAUAUUUUUCAGGGUUAAAAAGACGAUGAUUAAAACAUUUUAAUUGGCAUUUAGUUGAUUCUCAUGAUGAGGAUGACUGUCAAAAAUAAGGAUCUGCAAAAUAAUGACACAUUUGGACCUGAUUCAAAAUGUGAUGGAAACAAAGCUAUUGAAAACUCCUUUGUUAUUUUAAAGGUUACUUAGAAGUUUCUCAUUGUACCUGCCGAGAAGUAAAUUGGACCUAGACAUACUUCUGCUUGAGAAUAUGAAACAAAAGGAAGAACACAUAUGGAUUUAAAAUUAUUGUAUUUAUCACAUUGUUAUCAUUCGAGAAGCACUGGGGAAAAUAGUUUGCUUCAUUAUUCAUCAUAGAGCUACUAAAAAUUGUUUCUGAUGCAGCUAAGAAAAAUGCAGACCAUUAAAAAAGAAGCACCUGUUGACACAAGUAGCAAUGUGGACAAAAUCAUGGUACUUAAGUCUACUUUAACAGAUGGGUCUGAAGAUUUGUCUGCAAAUGAAGACAUUCUACUUACUGAAGCAAAUCAUGGAAAGAGCAAAUCUUCAGCAUGCCGGAGAAAGCGAGAAUUCAUUCCAGAUGAAAAGAAAGAUGCUAUGUAUUGGGAAAAAAGGCGGAAAAAUAAUGAAGCUGCCAAAAGAUCUCGUGAAAAACGACGACUGAAUGACCUUGUCUUAGAGAACAAGCUAAUUGCAUUGGGAGAGGAGAAUGCCACUUUAAAAACAGAGCUGCUUUCAUUGAAGUUAAAGUUUGGUUUAAUUAGCUCUGCAGCCUAUGCCCAAGAGAUACAGAAGCUCAGUAGUUCAACAGCAGUGUAUUUCCAAGACUAUCAAACUUCCAAAUCAAAUAUUAACUCAUUUGUGGAUGAGCAUGAACCGUCUAUAGUGGGUAGUAGUUGUAUUUCUGUCAUCAAACACUCUCCACAGAGCUCCUUGUCUGAUGUGUCUGAAAUAUCCUCAGUGGAGCCUACUCCGCCAAAUCAUAUACAGAAUAAUUGUGGAAGUCCUGAAAAUAAAUUUCAAAUUAUAAAGCAGGAGCCUAUGGAAUUGGAGAGAGAGCCAAGAGCUGCAGCCAUGUAUCCUAACUACAUGGGAAAUUCCUUUAAUUUGUACUCACAUUCCCCUCCUCUGUUGCAAGUGAAUAGGUCCUCCAGUAAUUCUCCAAGAACUUCAGAAGCUGAUGAUGGUGUUGUUGGGAAGUCAUCAGAUGGAGAAGAUGAGCAGCAGGUUCCCAAAGGUCCAAUCCAUUCCCCAGUUGAACAUAAAAAUAUUCAUGCAACAGUGAAAGUUCCCGAGGUGAACUCUUCUGCGCUGCCUCACAAGCUUCGAAUUAAGGCCAAAGCCAUGCAAAUCAAAGUGGAAGCAAUGGAUAACGAUUAUGAUGCUACACAGAAACUAUCAUCACCUAUUGACAUGUCAUCUAAAAGACAUUUUGAACUUGAAAAACAUAGUGUACAAAAUUUGGUACAUUCUUCUCACACUCCUUUCUCUGUUCAAGUGACUAAUAUCCAAGACUGGUCUCACUGGCAUCAGAAGGAACUGAAUGUAAAAAUUCAGAGUGAUUGCAAAACUGGAGUUGUUGAAAUAAAAGACAAUAUCUACAAUGUCUCUGAGUCAGAGAACCUGUAUUUGAAGCAGGGCAUAGCAAACUUAUCUGCAGAGGUUGCUUCGCUUAAGAGACUUAUAACUACACAACAAAUCUCUGCUUCAGACUCUGGUUAAGUUACUACUGAAUAAAAGCUUAUUGUUUUAAAGGAUGUCAUUUGCAGUAGAUCAAUAUGUUUUGUAUUAUGCUGAAUUUUCACUGGACUUGUGAUGUCAUUUCACUGUAAUGUUCACAUAAUGUCUGAUGGAUGGUGUCUUUUUGUGCACAAAUUAUUAUGAAGACUACAUUGUGUUACAGUCACUAUGCCUUGUGUAUAGUCAAGUAGCCUGUACAAAGACUGUAUAUAGUGAACAUUAUUUUCUUUUUGUUGUUCUAUUAUAAAGUGUGCAAGUUACCAGUUACAAUAAAAUAUUGGUGACAAACACAGAAAAUCUA